GAUCUUUAUAAAAACACCUCAACUCGGAGCAGCGGCACACAGAAGCUGGACUCAAUCACCACGGCGACAACAUGAAGCUCGACGUCUGCACUCUGAUGGUGUGCUGCAGUGCAUUGUGGGUAGUGGUGUCCUCUGGCGGGGUUAAAGCAGCUCCUCCCCGCUGUGACUCCCUGAUGGCGUUUUCCUCGGAGGUUUCCUCGUCGUCUGAAGGGAACGGGAACAUCCACCGCAGAUCUCUGUCUCCGUGGACCUGGAUGUCGAGCACGGAGAAGAACCGGAUCCCGUCGACGCUCUGGGAGGCCAACUGCAGCAGCAGCUUCUGCUCCGCCACCGGCACCGGACAGACGGAUGGACACAACUUCAACUCUGUCCCUGUGUACCAGAACAUCCUGGUGCUCCACCGGCGGGACGAGGGGCGCUGCUACACCGCCACGUACCGCUCGCUGGCCGUCGGCUGCACCUGCGUCUGGGCCACAACCAAACACGACUGAACCAUAGCAACCGGGAUCAAAGGAAACAAAGGGACUGAAUGGGAUUAAUAAUGAGCCUGAAAUGAAUAGAAAUGGCUGUAUUUCUUUACAUGAAAUAAAGUGUAACAAUGUAA